AUGUUUAAAAAACUCACCAAAUUCAUUGUAAAUCAAAUGGAUCCGUGCAAAGAAUUGGAUCCUGUUGAGAGCAUCGUACACAAUGAGCACUUCAGGCCUCUCUAUCUACUGAAAAAAAAAAGCAAACCAAAAACUGUAUUUCAUCGAGCUCCCUACUACCAGAGAACAGGCUUCACACUGGAUGAUGUGCUGCUGCCUGGAGAAGAUGGUACAAGCAUAGAGUCACUCCAUCAAGAGUCCAGCCAAUUCACUCUCACAAAAGUCAGUGCUGACCAAGCUGAUGGAGGUCUCAGCAUUUCAUUUGACCCUUCAAAUGUGGAGCUGAAAGGAGGUGCCUCCUUGUCCAAAGAGUUUUCCAUUACGCCACAGAAGAAGAGCAUAUCACAGCAAUACCUGGAGGCACUGAGAAAAGAAAGGGAAAUCAACAUGGAUCACUCCUUCAUCCGACAGCUCCAGAGAACAGACAUCAGGCUGUACGUGGUCACUGAAACCCUCGAGGCCUCAGAGGAGGCCGUGUACAAGGAAUCCACCAAGGCAGACGGGGGCUUCAAGGCCAAAUUUUAUGCUUCACUCUGUGCACAGAGCAACAGGGAGGACAAACAAAGCAUAGUGAUACCCAAGGGCUGCACUCUGGCCUUCAGGACCAUCCCACUGCACAUUAGAGAUGGAAAAUGGGAUCUGGAUUACUUCCCAGCAGAAGCUGUGAGAAGCCAAGCUUAUAUAGCUGAUGGUCCCUCAGCAGGAAAAUUAGGAGAAGUGAGGGCAGAAGUUCGAUAUUCCUGCCGAAUUUUCCCCGAGUUGUCUCCAGACCUGCUGCUCAUCAUCUUAAACACCAUCAAAGCUGUGAUGAGAGACAAGAACCUCCUUCAAGAGCUCAGCCAGAAAGUAACACAGCUCCUUGCUCAGGACAAGCAGCAGUCUCUGCCCUCAAAUCCUGACAUUUUAUUUCCUUGUUCCCCACAGAUGGAGGAAGUUCUUGAGGAAAAUGAUGGUUAUGAGCUGAAAACUGAGAGCCCAGAUUUAAAAGAACUCUUCAGCACCUUGCAGCAAUCUCCAAGACAUCAUCUCCUUCAGCUGGCAGAAGGAAUCACCUACGUCCUUGAUGCUUUGCAGGAGUUAACAGAGGAUCAGCUGCUGCUGCUGCUGGAAUCCUUGGAAAGGAAGAUUGUGUCCCAACAGCUGAACCUGGUUGAAAAUCUCCUGAAACAUGACCUGGAUAAGGAGAAGGAGACUUUUCUUGUGGAUGCCAGCGUGCUCUUCUCACAGGAGGAGGACCAGAUGUUAACCAUUGCCCUGGUGGAGCUGAGUGGAGUGCAGCUCCAGGAAAAUGGAUCAGUUAUCCCUAGGGAUCAACCCUUCGAGGCCAUGGCUGCCCUGUUUGUGGCCCUGUAUGCCCUUAACUUCCUGAGUGGCUCCAGGUCCCUGGCCCAGCCCACAGAACCCCUCGGUGAGGUCUUGUGA